CUUUAUAAUGAGCCGACGGAGGAUAUCGUGUAAAGAGCUGGGUCCAGCUGAUUGCCAAGGAUGGCUCUACAAAAAGAAGGAGAAAGGAGCUUUCAUUGGCAACAAAUGGAAAAAGUUCUGGUGUGUGCUGAAGGAGUCAUCGCUGUACUGGUACAGCAGCCAGCUGGCUGAAAAAGCCGAAGGAUUUAUCAGACUUCCAGACUUCAGUGUGGACCGAGCAACCGAAUGCAAAAAAAAGCAUGCUAUUAAGAUCAGCCACCCACAGAUCAAGACAUUUUAUUUUGCAGCAGAAAAUGUUCUGGAAAUGAACACGUGGCUAAAUAAGCUGGAGAUGGCUGUAGACCCUCAGGCAUCUAAUGGGAAGAAUGAAGAAGAAUGUUACAGUGAAAGUGAACAUGAUGAUCCAGAAAUAACAGACACACCACCUCCCCCCUACACGGCUCAGCUACCACCUCCUCAUUUGGAUCAGCAGAAGUCCUCCUUGACCUCAACUCUGUCAAGUGAAGCAUCUUGUUCUCUCUCCUCUCCUGAAAGCACUUUCAGCUCCCAAGAGUCGUCAUCUUCCUUGAUGUCCAAAGUGGUUUAUCCUGAGAGGCAGUCCUGGCUUGACCUAGUUAACAGCUCUGCUGCAGAAGAGGGUGAUCAGCCUUUAACCUUCUGUGUCCAGAUUCACUCAGAGGAGCAGCCAGAAGUGGACUGUGGACAAGUGGCAGAAAACCAGGAGGUCCAGCCUGGUGGUGGAUCCCCAAAUUUUUUGAUAACUCAAGAUAUGCAUUGCCUAGCUGUGCUAGAUGCAACAGAACAGAAAUCACUAGCCAAAGAUCAGGGAAAAUGCCCCAAUGAUGAGAUGGAGCGGCUUUAUAAGUCGUUAGAACAAGCGAGCUUGUCUCCCAUUGGUGAUCGUCGGCCUUCAACCAAGAAAGAGCUUAGGAAGUCAUUUAUCAAACGUAGCAAAAAUCCUUCCAUUAAUGAGAAACUCCACAAAAUUCGAAUGCUGAAUAGCACACUAAAGUGUAAAGAACAUGACCUGGCUACAAUUAACCAGUUGCUAGAGGACCCAAAGUUGACGGCAAUGAAGUACAGAGAGUGGAAGAACACAAACAUCAUGCUAGUUCAAGAUAUCUAUCACCAGCAGGAUGCCCAGGAUGUGUCCACAGAGAACAGCGAGGAGCAAGAGAUGACCGCACUGUGUGUUGCUGAAAGCACUAUCUGAGGCUCUGGGUCCGUGGUACACAGCGAGAUUUUCCUCCACUGGUCUUCACAUAUGGGCAUUUUAAAGUGCUGCAUUCUGAGGUUUGUUUUUCCAAGUGUUCUUCAUAAGGAAAACAACUCCUUCUCCAAAGCUUUAAUUCCUCUUGCACAACUUAUUUCAUAUUGAAAGAGUGAAUUGCCCGAAUUAAAAAAAGCAUGUCUGUGUCUGAGCCAUAUAUCUAAGAAGAAUGCUAUCUGAAGCAGAGAAGAGAUGUUUUUCCAUCUUGGGAGAAGCGAAUAGAAUGUGUGCCGCUCCUGGAAUUCAGAGCGGUGUCUGUGCACUGCACGGAUGUCAGACACUGGGGGUCAUUCUAACCGUGUCACUUACUGAUGAAGGAAGCUACAAUAAUACCAUAAGGAUGUAAUCUACUCUCUACUUUUUCACACUGCGUGCAAGGUAACCUGAAAGAAGUAUUUUUGUCCCCACAUUCAUUCACUUUGACUGAGUGAGUUACCGGUUUAAACUGAGACAAAUAGAAUAGUAAUUAUGCAUGAGUCUAUAUUACAGACAACCGUCAGGCACUCAGUCUGUGCCCUGCCUGAUGUCUUAAAAGUUUCACAUUUAUUUAUGGACCAGACCAAAGUACUGUCUUUCUACAUCAAGAGGAGAAUGUCUUUCGGUAUGUUUGGUGACAUACAAAUUUCUUGUUAAUAAGGCAAAUGAUAUUUCAACUUUUCUUAUGGACAUGGCAGAACUUCCCUGAGGACUGUUUGCUUCUUACAUAUUUUUCACAAUACUGAAUAUAUAAGGUACAAGUUCAUCCCAAAUUCCUAACUGGUAAAGUGAUAAAAUCCCCUAAGCAGAAGCUAAAUACUUAGAUUCCUGCUGCAGAACUGAAAGUGUAAAAUAUAGCUGCAAAUAUUUUUGUACAUAUAUGUCAUUUUAUGGCUUAUAUGAAUGUGACCAUGUACUGUAUAUAUGUUCUAUUUAUAUAUUUAUAUAUGCUGAAUUUCCUAAUGUAGAUAGGAACAUAUGGACCACACCCACAAGAUGCGAGUGCUUACAUGUUGACGUGAAGUGAAAUGUCUUCUUGUUCUUUGUGCUGUUAUUCUUUUAAGAAUGAAUCACAGUAAUGACUCUAUAACUGAGAGUGCACUGGGACUUCUACUGUAACUUCUUCUUGCUACUUUCAAUCUAGCUUUGAGACUUGAAAAAUAUCUGUAUAAUUUCAGGUAGGAAAAUGUGCUUUCUAGAAAAUGUCAUAGUCCCACACUAGACAAACAAAAAUAAGUAUGUUAAGAAAUUUUGCUGUAGGCUUAUAAUUUUUCAGCCUCACUGUUCUCAGCACAAGGUUUGUUUUUGUCUUCCCAUCUUGAGCAUGUGUUCAAGUAUGAGGAACUUUGUGGAGUGCUGAAUUUUGAAAAGCAAGAGUUAGCUCAUCAUUCUCAAAUUAAUGCUAUUACCAGAACUGUGGGAAUUUGCACUUCUGUUGGAUAUUUUGUAAAGAUGUGCUUUAUCAUUACUUUUAAUGCGUCUUACCUUUUAAAGUAAAAUACGCAAUACACACAUAAACAUAUUCACUUGCCUUUAAGUAUAUUAUGCUGUAUUAUAAUUUUGAUUAAGAAAGCAAAUGCCAAUAGUUUUUUUUAGGAGAAAAUGAAUCUUUUCCUUCUGCUUUGCAGUAAGUCUGAUUUAGCUAUUGCAUUUUUAACACUCAGCAACUUGCCCUUUUAAACAGAGACAUAGAAUUAUGUCCUGAUGCAUCCCAAAAUGCCAGUUAGCGCUGGGUUGAGUGUAGGAACUGGGAUGUAAGUGGCAAGCUAUAAGGAAGGGGAAACAGAAGGAAGAAUGUGGGCUUCUUUGAUGCAAGCUUUAAUAGGAAGGGGGGAAUGGACACAGAAGAUGGGGGUUGAUUGAAUAGAGAAGCAUGGCUGCCCUGGGGAUAUCAUCACUGCCUCAGAUAUAAAAGAGGGUAGGAGUAUCAGGGUCAGGACUGAUACUGGGUUAGGGGACUAGUCUGCUGGUGGGGAAUAAAAGCUGACUGAGACUUGAAAAUGGGUGACAAUGACUAAAUGGAGAAGAAGACAAAAAAAAAAAAAAAAAAAAACCCAGCUGGUUAAAAUGCUAAUGUUUUCAGGAAAUUGUCAUAUGUGAGUGAAUUCAUAAUUUCACUAAUUCUAACUAGAAGUUGAUGAAAAUUAAGAAAGCUCAAGAGCUGGUGGAAGUUGGUUUUCAGUAAUGCCUUGUUAAAAAAUUGAACCCAUCUGAAGAUGUUUUAUCUUUCACCAUUCCCAGAAGUCUCGUUGGACAGCAAGUGUCUGCAAGCGUCCGGCUCCCACACUGAAUUCUUCAAAGCAGCUGUGGAGGUGGAGAGGGAUUGCCUGUGAAUUUGGCGUGUUGAUUAACUACUCAGCACACUUUAAAAUAUAUGAGCGUAGGGAUGAAUCUGCUUUGUCCAUCUCAAUUUUAAGAAGGUGGUGCUAAAUAACUGGUAAAUAACGGAGGUCCAAUUGUAUGCACAUUUUACUCUUGCAAGUGCAGACCAUUCUGUUUCUCAUGAAACAAAGCAUAUAAACACUUAAAAAAAAAAAAAAAAAAAAAAAAAAAAAA